CACACACACACACCCACAAGCAGAGCUCACCUCACCAGCAGCUACCUAGUAGUGGUAAAGGCUUGAUUUACAGAAUUGGCACCAGGAGAGCCAGAGUCUGGAUCAAAAGCAUUCGAUCUCGUUUGCUCUCUAAAGAAUGGCGGCUCCACCACCUCCCGCCUUCAUGGACAACGACGAAGAUAUGGACGCCGUCGACCUGUCGCUGACACUCGCCCACACGCCGUGGCCGGCGUCACCGUCGUCUCCUCCGGCUGCUUCAUCAGGUGGUGGCAAUGGCAGUGGCAAUGGUGGUCGUGGUGGCGUGAGGCUGUUCCCCUGCCUGUUCUGCAACAAGAAGUUCCUCAAGUCGCAGGCGCUAGGGGGGCACCAGAAUGCGCACAAGAAGGAGAGGAACAUCGGCUGGAACGCGCACCUCUACACCACCCCCAUCAACACCAACUCAGCCGCUGAUGCCAUGCCCAACCACCAGACGAUGUACCCCAUCCAGGUCUCGCACUCCUGCCAGCACCACGGGUACCCCCACGUCGCCGACGGCGGCUCGCCGGGGGGCAGCUGGUGGCGCGACCAGGACGGCGACAAGAAGCAGCAACAGCCGAGGAAGGUCGACCUUAACCUCAAGCUCUAGCUACCUAGUUCUGUUAUUUUCCUUUUUAUUAUUAUAUUAUUUUCCCCCCUCUCUUUUUUAGUCGAUGUUUUCCUCUCUUUCUCUUCUCCCUUUUUAGUGUGGGUGGGUACUUGUUAAUGAGUGUACCUUGUGCUGAUUGUACCGAUCGAGUGUGCAAUUGAUGAUAAUAAACAAGUAGUUGUUCGAUUG